AGUAGAGUACAGCACUCUGAAGUGGAAGCACGUACCUGGCUGGAAUUUUCUGCUGGUGGUGUCACCGCCGAGAGACUGUGAAAGACCAUUCAGUGGGUUAUGUGAGAAUUCGUAGGCUCUGUUUCUCAAUACUGUGUCUGUGGUUCGGUUUUUUUUUUUGGAGUCUUCCAAAAUUGCCUUGUACUGUCCGGUAUAUUAGUGCUUUUUUCUUCUUUUGCUGUGUGCUCAACAGCCAAAAUAUACUCGCGUUGUGCCCGUGGAAGGCCAAAAAGUGUUUUGUUUUUCGAUGCGUUGCACACAAGUGAAGAAAAAGUUUGAGGUGUUUUUCAUGUAAAUGUUACUUGGUGUAUGGUGAUCUCUCUUCACGGCAAAAUAUCACAGAAAAAAAACGGAGGAGUUUUAUUAAAAUUCCCCAAAAGAGCAUCAGCUUCGUCGAGUGAGGCCAGCUAGCACACGGAUUUUAUUUGAGCUCAUCAAUGACACUUUUGUAAAAGACAGCUGUAUUAAAGAUGUAUCGCUCUGUGGCAAUUUACUGCAUCCUCCUUGGCGUGAGCUGCAGCUGGAUCACGAUUUUGGCCCAGUCAAAUUAUGCAUCGCAUGCAAAUAACGUGGAGUACCAAGGCGAAGGACUGCCCGAGGAAGCCACUCUGGACGGAAAGGUAACCAAAUUGGACGAUCUCAGCCCGAUUAUAUUCCUUAAUCGAACCAAAGCUGCCCUUAAUUGUGGUGCAGGAUCAAUGCAAGUGGAUCUUAAGUUUAAUGAAAAAUUUUAUGGGAUUGCGUACGCAGACUUUGAUCGCAAUAGUGCUUGUCAGAUCCUGGGAAAAGGAGACUUGAGCUAUAAGCUUGAAUUGCCUCUAAAGGGAUGUGGUACCAAACAGGAGCCCCAAAGGGUCUUCACGAAUAACAUCGUGGUAAGAUUUCAUCCAGGCCUGGAGAUGGAUGGAGAUGAAAUUAUUACCAUUGUCUGCCGAUAUCCUCCACCAGUGGCGCCAAUUCCUGCAGGAUUGCCCGCCCCAAUUUUCAACGAUGUACUUCCUGCUUCUGUUGUGGAGGCUCCUCUGAAAGGCAUUCAAAUUCUCCUUAUCAUUUGCGCCAUAAUGUUCCUGACACUUCUUCUCCUUGGUCUCGGUGUCUCCUACUACUGUCUCCGUCGAAGGCCAGUCACCGUUGUCCGACGUUUGCCCAUGUCUAUGGGCAGUGGUUCAGAAAUCACCAAACUCAGUGGUAGCAGUCUGGGCAAUAUUAGUGCUUUCGAGGGUCUCAAGAUUCCACGGGCUCAUGCUCCUCUAGCUGCCGUUCACAGUUCCUCAGGAAGUGAUGGACCCCUCAUUUCUGAUACCAUCCCAUCUGACUAUCCGAGCGAGAGUCACUCGGAGAUUGAAGAAGUCGAUACACGAUCACUGCCAGUGAGUUCUACGGGAAGCUUCGAGAACCGUGCAUUUGUCCAGGAUAAUUCCAGCAUUUAUAGUGAACACUAUGGUCAUACUCAAGAAUUCCAGGCAGCCAAUGCUGUAGCCCAGGCAUCAAUGGUACCACGUCUGCCACUUGCCGUGAAGGAAUCCUCACCCAAAUUUGAUGUUCAGGUUCGCGUGAAGAGAGCUGCUCCACCACCACCAGCUUCCUUAUCCUCCGAUACUGAUAGCGUAGCCAAUAGUCGUACUGAGCGCAAUAAUUUGUCCACCAUCAUGGAGAGCCAUGAGGAUCGUGAUAGUAUCCUGACCAUUGAUUCCAUGCCACAGGACGUUGCCCAUAGUCAAUUUACGUACGUUCCUGAGCUCCAUCCUGCCCCAAGGCAUAUUCAAGCACCUCCGGUGUUCUCUCGAAUCGUGCGUAAGCAACAGGAAGUGAUUCAACGGCAGGAACGUCAACCAUGGCCAGAAGAUCUCGUGGAUGCUCCACCUUCGAUUCCUGACACUCGAAGUAUCGCUUCUUUGGGCACAGAGAUGACCGAUACACAUUCAAUUGGUGAGAUGAUGGACUCAUCGCAUCUCUACCCUAUCAGCAGUUACCGAUCAUCGGUUCAAUUGGAGAAUACAGAAGCAAUGCCCGAGCCACCAAUUCAUGUGAUGCGCAAACCUGAAAUUACCUCACACGUCGUCGAUGAUGUCUUCUUGCGUACCAUCACUGAGAAGAAGACCAUCGAAGAUAUUGAGCAGUACAAGCGAAAGGUCACAGAAUAUGCCACGGCUAAACCCAUUCCCCCUCCUGAUCCCACAUGGGACGUCACUAUUCGCAAAUAUUCUACAGAUGAAGGUCCACAGCCUCAGUGGGAAGAUUUCUCUGAUAGAUCCUCAAGUGUUUCUGGUGUUCCCUUAACACCACAGAUGGAACGAGUUCCACUUGUGAAUGUUCCUCCAAUGCCUUAUUUGGAUGAGUCUGGAGAGAAGCUUUACAGUCCAGAGCUAGUCGGAAAUAUGAAGCCCAUUGAAUUGCCGCCGGAGGAUAAAACUGUGCCAAAUUGGGAUGUUCUCAUACGUAUCCUCGAGCCAGAGAUCACAGAAGUGGACGACAGGACAUCCACAGAGUCACCCGUGAGCUUCCUUACGCGCCAACUCAGUUAUGAGGAUAAGACCAAGUGGAAGGAGAUCAUCACCACAGAAUCCACACUUCGCACAAUGCUCAAAGAAGCUGUGGUCAAGGAGGACUUCGAACGCAUCCGUAGUGAUUCUCGCUAUGAGAAACUCUUCGAACCUCAAUCAUGGGAUGUGAUUAUUCGAAUUCUGGCACCACCUGAGGAAGAUGUUGAGCUGCGCAAUGCGAGAAAGUUCAAGAAGAAGGAAGCCUGGGACACUCGAUCUCGUCGCAGCUCUCUGCCAACACUCUAUGAAUACGACAGUGAUGGUGGUUCUUCGGUCAGGACAAUCAGUCAAGAUCCCAGUCAGGCAAUUUCUAUGCAAUUGCAGCAGCACCGCUCAAGACGAACUUCUCGCUCCUCCUCCACCUACAGAUCCGACAAUGUGGAUAUGCGAUCGAUGUCUGAGGUAACAGUGGACUUUGGUAGACCCGAUCAUCUGGAUAGCACUUCAGAUGCCAGCAGUCACUAUCCCAAUCGAUAUUACGAAGAUGACCCUUACGAUCGACGAUCCCUACAGCGUUCACUUAGUCAACCUAGUCUUGCACGAUCUGCGAGCGAAUUCACAGAACGCUGGGUGGCCCCCGAUACAGGGUCUGACUUAUCUUCACCCGAUCAAACGCCCAAAGUGCGUCGAUCGAGACGACUAAUGACAACAUUCCAGCAACUUCCUAGCAGCAGUGGAAGUGGUCAAUCGGAACAUGUCGUUGCGCAGGCUCAAUAUGUGGAACAGAGAACGACCUACCAAGCAUCAGGAUCAGCUGCUCCGCAGGAUUGGUACGGAGAUCAGGGCAGAAUCUAAAAGCAUUUCGCGCCGUCGCAAUACUUCGAUAAAUUCAAUAAAAUGGAAUUACUUUUAGUAUUAAUCCAUUCUACGAUGUGCCAACAAAAUACUUUUGUUAAUUUAAUAAUUUUUCCACAAAAUCUAAUCACGAUAUUUUCAAAGCACAAACUCGAACUUCUAAUUUACUGCCUUUUUAGGAUAUGGUAUGAGUUAAGCCCAUACCACAUUUAAUUGUAAUUUUUCAAUUGAUGCAAUUAAUUUUAUUAAUGAAUUUUAAAAGAAAUUGUUAAUUUUAAUUAACUCACUCCUGUGAUAGGGCUUAAAAAGUGUUGUGACUGUAGAAUUUAUUGAAUAAAGAUUUCUAAUACGAGAAAAACUGAUUAAAAAAGAAUCUCAUGCCAAUGUACAGUUGAAUUCAAUACAGUCACAAUAAAAUUAGUAUUUUUUUUAAUUAAAUAUUUUCUCCUCACAAGGGUCCACAGGUUUUGGUGAAAAAGAAACGGACUCCGUUGAAAACUUAUUGAAAAAUCUAUUUUCAUGUCAUUUUUCAUUUUUUCCUGUUUUUUCUAAAUAGAUAGGAAAAUACUGAAAAAUGAUGUCAAAAAUCUAACAUCCCAAUUUUAUUACGCUUGCACGAAUAGUCAGUCGAGCAGCGUUUGUUUUUCAUAAUAAAUUUAUAGAUUAUAUUGCUAUUUUUUUUGGAUGUUGCAAGAGAAAGAAAAUCACCUGUAAUUUUUUUGAUCCUAAAAAUAACGAUUAGGUGGAGGGACGCAAAUGCAAUUUAGGAAAUUUUUCAUGUCUCCUCACCCCGAGACAAGUUUUUUUUUUCACAAACAUUAUUCCCAUACUAAAAACAUUCCAUUUAUAAUUUAUGAUCUUAAGAGAAGGAAGAAACGAGGAAAAAUCCUGUAACUCACUAAUGUUAGGAGUAAUUUAAAAAAUAAUCUCUUUAAUUCAUAGGCAAUAGAUGAUGCAAUUUUCCGUCCAAAAGCAGAAGGGAAAUUACUGUAACUUGUAGUAUUAAUAAAAGUGGUAUUAAUAAUAAAAAGAUUUAUAUUGUAUUUACACCGAUAAUUCAGCAAAAUGUGUAAAGAUAUCAAAUUAAUAAACGCUUCGGAUAAUUAACGAAA